AGAGAAGUUUGUAUUGACCUCAGCCGUUGUCUUCGCGGCGCCAUUGUCGUCGUUCUCUGCUUCACGCCUGCACGCACGCCGCGCCACGCCUCAUCCCAUUCCAUUCAAAACGCAGGAGUCGUCAAGACGCUUCGACAGUGACUGCAAUGUUCGCCUCUUCUGCCAACGCAGCCACCAAAUCGCUGCGCUCCGCCGAGCAGCACGUCGUGAGGGACGAGCUGCGCAGCUUCGAGGCGCGGCACCUCAGCACCGCCGCGCCGCCACCGAAAGCGCGCAACGCAUCGCGCAGCGUGCUGUCCGACUCCACGGACACGGUACCGUCGUUCCCGCCCCCUACCACAGCGGCGCCGCCGCCGAUGAGCGCGGCAGCCGCUGCCAGCGUGCCUUCUACUCGCACGGAGCAAACGCAGAAGCUCAUGCAGCUCCCCUUUAGCGGGUCUGCCGUCCACGGCGAGCGCACCGCGUUGAACGAGGCACAGCAAGUGCACGACGCCGUUGCUUGGUUGUGCGAGUGUCCGGGCAGCACACUGCGGCAGCUGCAGCAGCGCGUGUUGUGCGCGACAGAGACGUUGUUCACGAACUUGGUCGGCAUGCCGGCGGCCGCGCGCGAGCUGCUGGUGCUGUGCGCCGAUCCAAAUGCAGAAAAGGAAGACGUGAAGGAGAGCAGUGCGCAGAGCCUCGACGCAGCAGAGCAAGCGGCGAACCCGUACAUAACAUCGCCGCUGUCGCUCACCUUCGCCGAUUUCGUCGGCACCUUCCUGCGCGACGCACCGAUUGCGACGGGGGCCGCCUCGUUCUACGGGGUGCUGCUCAGCGGACGUCCCCGACCCGCCGCGCCGCUGUCCUCCCUCCACCUCGUCUACGGCCUUCACGUCGUGGAGGACGUUUUGCGGCCUCCCGCGACGUCGCCUUCUGCGUCGCCUUCAGCAGCCGCAGCCGCAGCACCGAUGGCGACCGGUCUGGAGAGUCACCAGGCGCUCAUGUCGGAAGUCGUCCACUGGGCCCACUUCUUUGAGAGCAUCUUCGAUAAGGCCCGCGAGGGGUUAUGUCGCGAUCCGAUGAACUUUUACGUGGCGGUGUUGCUGGCCUGUGCGGAGCGGGGGGCGUGGGAUUUGCACAAUACCCCGGACGCGCUCGCCGAAGAGGCCGUGCGCCGCCUGCGCCUGGACGAUGGCACGAGCGGGCGGCGGCCGCACAUCUGCGGGGCGUGCGAAGCGGAGGCGACGUACCUCGCUGAAAGAUGCCGCACCUACGUGAGUCACACGCUACGGACCGUGCAGCACAGCAUUAAGGGCGAAGCGCGCACACCUGCGAAAGGAAACUCCACCUUUACCGCGGCGGCAAGUUGUGGUGGUGGCGGCGGCAGCCAUCGCAGUCCUCCCCGCGGUGGUGCGCAGACGCGUUUCUUCCUCGCCACGCCGGCGGUGGUGUGGUGGGCCGCAGCCUUCUUGCGCCUUUACCGCCUGCGUACCCCCGUCGCGGCCACCAAGUUGACCGCCGUCAGCGGCAGCAGCACCACCACCGACACCAACGCGCAGCCGGCGCGUACUUCCGCAGACGAUGUUGUGAGCUGCACAGAGGUGUACUUUAUUCGUGACUGGAUCGCCCGAGUGGCGAAGAUGGACGAAGACGGGUUUGCGGCGCAGGAGCGCGAAGGCGGCUUCGUCAUUCCGCUGAGCUGCGCGACGAAAACACCCGCGGCGGUGUUUUGUUUUACGCCAGAGAACGUGAAGGCGGCGGUGCGGCACAUCUCCGAGUGGGCUGACGUGGGGGCCGCGACGGGUGCGCCACUGCAGGUGCAGGAACUGCUUUCCUUUCUGCAAGAUGACUUCCCCGUGGUGCCCUACUACUUCAGCUUCUUCGCAUCAAAUUGA